AUGGCCAGCAGAAUUGACGCGUUUGGCACACUCGAGGUCCUCAUCUCCCGCUUGUACCGCCCCGACUUCAAACGCUCGAUCGCGGACGUGUUCAGAAUACAAGUCGUGUCCAACAGCGACGUGCGCUCGCCCAUCAUCACCCUCGGCUCGACGAGUUUCUUCCAUGUGCGGGUGAACAACCUCUACGUCGUCUGCGUCACCAAGACAAACGCGAACGCGGCGCUCGUGUUCGAGUACUGCUACCGCUUCAUCUCGAUUUCCAAGUCGUAUUUUGGCAAGGUGGACGAAGAGGCGGUCAAGAACAACUUUACGCUCAUAUAUGAGCUCAUUGAUGAAAUAUGCGACUUUGGGUACCCGCAGAACAGCGAAGCGGACACGCUCAAGACGUACAUCACCACCGAGAGCAUCAUCUCGUCUGCGUUCCAGGCUGAGGAGUCCUCGAAGAUCACGUCACAAGCGACGGGCAAUACGAGCUGGCGGCGCGGCGAUGUCAAGUACAAGAAGAACGAGGCGUUCGUGGAUGUAGUCGAAACUGUGAACCUGAGCAUGAGUGCCAAAGGCACGGUCCUCCGCGCGGACGUCGACGGGCACAUCCAGAUGCGUGCCUACCUCACGGGCACGCCCGAGUGCAAGUUCGGGUUGAACGAUAAGCUCGUGAUCGACCGCGCCGAGCGCGGGAGCAUCGCGGACGCAGUCGAGCUCGACGACUGCCGGUUCCACCAGUGCGUGCGGUUGACCGAGUUUGACAGCGACCGGACGAUCAGCUUUGUCCCGCCCGAUGGCGAGUUUGAGCUCAUGCGGUACAGGAGCACGUCGAACGUGAAGCUGCCGCUGCGGAUUAUGACGACCGUGAACGAGGUCGGGACGUCGCAGGUGACGUACAUUGUCGCUGUCAAGGCCAACUUUGGCGCGAAGCUGUCCGCCACGAACGUCGUGCUGCGCAUCCCCACGCCGCUCAACACGACGUCGGUCGAGUGCAAGGUCGCGACGGGCAAGGCCAAGUACGUGCCCGCGGAGAACGUGGUCAGCUGGAAGAUACCGCGUGUGCAAGGCGGACAGGAGUGUACGUUUACUGCCACGGCGGACCUGACGAGCACGACGGUGCGCCAGGUGUGGGCGCGCCCGCCGAUCGACGUCGACUUCCAGGUGCUCAUGUUCACCGCGUCGGGCUUGAUCGUGCGGUUCCUCAAGGUGUUUGAGGCGGGCGGGUAUAACAGUAUUAAGUGGGUGAGGUAUCUUACGAAGGCGAGUGGGACGUAUCAGGUUCGGUUCUGAGGGUUGGUUGGGAGAGCUCGGAUGGUGGUGGUGGAUCCUUAGCUUUAGAUAGGGACGUUGUUAACAGUAUACCACAGUCUUGCAUGUCAUUUCAUUGAAUAACGGAC